CUUCUUCUUUUCGGACUUUUCUCUUACCAAUGCCGAGAACCCGAGCGACUGCAGCAUCGGCCCAGGAAGGCGAAGAUGAGUUUUCUGCUCAGACGGCUCCUCCGGACCCAGCCCAUGGUACCAGAAGGCGAGGUAGGCCUCGAGCAGCUGCCCAACCAGAUCAGGGCGAGGCUCAGGAGGUACAUGGUGCUGGUGAAAUCCCAGUGGAGGCUUUUGUGUCUAGUAUGACUGGGAUGCAGAGGGCCCUAGAGCAGUUGCUAGCCUUUCAGCAGCAGCAGGCUGCUCAGGGUGCAGGAAGCCGUGCUAGUGGGUCCGGUAUUAGGAAUCCGGACGAUGUCCCUAUGUCUGAGUAUACCAAGUUAAGACCUGUGGAGUUUGAUGGGACAAAUUUGGAGACCCUCCGGACUUUUGGAUGA